UCCGAUGGAGGAAAACCAUGCAAUGUUCAUCCUUUAUAGAUCCCGAUUGUCGUUUGUUUGAACUGGUUUGCAACACUGGAAUCUCUCCAGGGUUGAGAGAAAGCAUGUGCGGAUAAAGCACCAUAGCUGCCAAAAUGGUUUGCAAAUGCAGCUCGCGUUGUGUCGAUGUGCAUGCAGACACGUGAAAAAACAUGCAAAAACAUGGCUGCAGAGCUUCGCAUACUCCCUUCUUGGCCAACCACUUGCAAUCUCCAGAAAUCAUCAUACGAAGGAGGACCAUACCAUGAGUCUGGAUUCAGAGAUUGCAUCUGGAGAGUGUCCCCGUGCGGCUCAUCCCGGGGAGAUGCGAUGGAUCUAGGAUACGUCUGCGAAUGGGAGAAGCGCCCCAAGAAUAACUACUGCCCAUCCAUCCCACUGGUCUGUGCCUGGUCCUGUCGCAACCUUAUUGCUUUCACCACUGACCUGAAAAAUGAAGAGGAAAAAGAUCUCACCCACAUGAUCCACAUCCUCGACACAGAGCACCCCUGGGAUGUCUGCUCCAUUGACACGGGACAUGUUGAAAUUGUCACCUGCUUGGAGUGGGACCAGUCAGGCUCCCGGCUUCUCUCUGCCGACGCAGACGGCCACAUCAAGUGCUGGGGCAUGGUGGACCACCUGGCCAAUAGCUGGGAGAGCACCGUGAGCAGCGUCGUGGAGGGGGACCCUGUUGUUGCGCUUUCCUGGCUCCAUAACGGGGUGAAACUGGCGCUGCACGUGGAAAAGUCCGGAGCAUCCAACUUUGGCGAGAAGUUCUCCCGGGUGAAGUUCUCCCCGUCACUCACUCUCUUUGGAGGAAAGCCCAUGGAGGGCUGGAUCGCCGUCACCAUCAGCGGCUUGGUGACGGUCUCGCUGCUGAAGCCCAACAGGCAGGUGCUGACGUCCACCGAGAGCCUCUGCCGCCUGCGGUGCCGGGUGGCCCUGGCCGACAUUGCCUUCACCGGUGGGGGCAACAUCGUGGUGGCCACCUCGGACGGCAGCAGCGCCUCGCCCGUCCAGUUCUACAAGGUCUGCGUGAGCGUGGUGAGCGAGAAGUGCAAGAUCGACACGGAAAUCCUGCCGUCCCUCUUCAUGCGCUGCACCACGGAUCUGGCCCGGAAGGACAAGUACCCCGCCAUCACCCACUUGAAGUUCCUCGCGCGGGACAUGUCGGAGCAGAUGCUCUUGUGCGCCUCCAAUCAGAACAACAGUAUUGUGGAGUGCUGGUCCCUCCGCAAAGAGGGCUUGCCAGUCAACAACAUCUUUCAACAGAUAUCCCCCACGGUUGGUGACAAGGCACCCAUGAUCUUGAAGUGGCGCAUCCUUUCAGCCACCAACGACUUGGACCGGGUUUCAGCCGUGGCGCUGCCCAAAUUACCUAUUUCUUUGACCAGCACGGACCUGAAAGUGGCGAACGACACCAAGUUCUUUCCGGGACUAGGCCUCGCCCUUGCCUUCCACGACGGCAGUGUCCACAUUGUGCAUCGCCUCUCCCUGCAAACCAUGGCAGUGUUUUAUGGCGCGGCCUCCCAGCGCCCAGUGGACGAGCAAGCCUUCAAGCGGCAGCGGACAGCCGGCCCCCUGGUGCACUUCAAAGCCAUGCAGAUGUCCUGGACUUCGCUGGCCUUGGUUGGCGUUGACACCCAUGGAAAGCUCAGCAUGCUUCGGGUCUCUCCUUCCAUGGGCCACAUCCUGGACAUGAACAUUUCCCUCCGGCACCUGCUCUUCCUCCUGGAGUACUGCAUGGUGACCGGCUACGACUGGUGGGACAUCCUGCUGCACGUGCAGCCGGGCAUGGUGCAGAACCUGGUGGAGAAGCUGCACGAGGAGUACAUGCGCCAGAACGCCGCUCUCCAGCAGGUUCUCUCCACACGCAUCAUCGCCAUGAAAGCGUCGCUGUGUAAGCUGUCAUCCAACACCGUGGCCCGAGUGUGCGAUUACCACGCCAAGCUCUUCUUGAUCGCCAUCAGCUGCACCCUGAAAUCGCUGCUCCGACCUCCUGUCCUGAACACGCCGGACAAGAGUCCUGGGGACCGUCUCACGGAGAUCUGCUCCAAGAUCACCGAUGUGGAUAUCGAUAAAGUAAUGAUCAACCUGAAGACAGAAGAGUUCGUCCUGGAGACAACCACCCUGCAGUCCCUCCAGCAGCUGAUCCAGUGGGUUGGUGACUUUGUGCUGUAUUUGCUUGCCAGCCUUCCAAACCAGGGCUCUGGCCCAGUUCGCCCGGGGCACAGCUUUCUGCGUGAUGGGGCCUCGCUGGGCAUACUCCGCGAGCUGAUGGUCGUGAUCCGGAUAUGGGGUCUCUUGAAGCCGAGCUGCCUGCCUGUUUAUACAGCUACAUCAGAUACCCAGGACAGCAUGUCUCUGCUUUUCCGUCUCCUCACCAAACUCUGGUUGUGCUGCCGCGACGAGGGGCACCUGAACGAACCCGACGACACCUUGAUCGACGAGUGCUGCCUCCUGCCUAGCCAGCUGCUCAUCCCGAACCUCGACUGGCUCUCUGUCAACGACGCCAUUAUCAGCAAGCUGCAGAACAAGCAGGCUGUCCGGCUACAGUUUGGGAAGGCCCUGGGACUUGUCCCACACUCCGCUUCACUCCAGUUCGACACCUUGGCCAGGGCUCCCGGGCAGCCGAAGAUCGACCACCUGCGACGGAUCCAUCUCGGGGCGUAUCCCACGGAAGAGUGCAAGUCUUGCACCAGGUGCGGCUGCGUCACGAUGCUCCGCUCGCCAAACAAGGCCACGGCGGUGAAGCAGUGGGAACAGCGCUGGAUCAAGAACUGCCUCUGUGGCGGCCUCUGGAGAAAAAUGCCUCUGGGCUACGCCCUCUGACCGCGCGCUCCUGCGCCAAACGGGGAGGAAGCCUGGUGGUGGGAAGCGAGGGAGGCCCUUGCGGUCUUUGCACAAGACGGCUGCUCCCUCUGUCCCUCUCGGGUCAAAGCCUGCCUGGGCACUCGGUGCCCUAGAUCCUAAGCCAUCUAGGGAAACAAAGGGGUUUCAGUGAGAAGUCACUAAGGAAGGUGAUGGUGUGGAGGAUUCUGGGCAGUUUUCAUGGCCGUUUUCAUGGGGGAACCUUCCUGGAGCUGAACCACGAGAGGGAAAGCUUGGACACAGCAGGGGAGGCCUUGAUGCUUUGGUAAAAGCAUUUCCUGCAGCCCUAAAAUACUGCAGGUUAACCAGCACCAGAAUAUCUGUGCUUUAAUACAGUUCCAGGAAAAGUAUUCCCUUCGUUGCAUCCAUGGUCCUACUUUGCACCUCGUCCCACAUCUUUUGUUUCAACACUGGGACUUCGUGGAUUAUGGUGAAGUUAGAAUGAAGUGCUUUUGUAUUUUUUAGCUUGCAUUGCUUCAGGCUGCAGAAAGUCCAUGCAUGUAGAAAACUAGAUGUUUUUGUGUGUGUCUGUUUUGCACACGCAGAGAAGUUGUAUCAGUCAAAACCAUCAUGCACACUAACUCCAGUAUUCAAAACUAUCUGCACUCUAAUUUCUUUUCUGGAUGUUUGCAACAGCCCUUAAAACACAUCAGGAAAGGGCUGGUAGUGCAAUCCUGUGCAUUUCGACACAAGGAGUAAGAGAUACCGAGUUGUGUGAAAGGGUUAUGUAUAAGAUUACAGACUAAACUAUUUAC